GUAAAGCGUGCUGCAAUGUCUGGWMGGGGYAAGGGCGGCAAGGGGCUCGGCAAAGGAGGCGCCAAGCGCCACCGCAAGGUGCUGCGCGACAACAUCCAGGGCAUCACCAAGCCGGCCAUCCGCCGCCUGGCUCGGCGCGGCGGCGUCAAGCGCAUCUCGGGGCUCAUCUACGAGGAGACGCGCGGUGUGCUCAAGGUGUUCCUGGAGAAYGURAUUCGCGACGCYGUCACCUACACCGAGCACGCCAAGAGGAAGACUGUCACGGCCAUGGACGUGGUCUACGCUCUCAAGCGCCAGGGACGCACCCUCUACGGCUUCGGUGGCUAAAGCCGUGUUGUAAAACUUACGUUGUUAAAAACAUCAAGGCUCUUUUCAGAGCCACCCACAAUUUCACAAUGAGAGCUGUUUAUUGCUACAAAGCUGAUAAUAAGUGUAAAUAGCCCCAACGUUAUUCAAUGUCGUGUAGAGCAGU